CAAAAGAAGAAGAAGAAGAGGAAAAUAAAAAAUAUAACCUCAAAAAUUGAACUAUGCAUUGUUAGCAUUAAAUUUUAUAAACAACAAAAUGACGAAUAGAAAGCGAAAACUAAAUAACAAACGUAAUUUGACUUGUAAAAGGUUAUUUAAUCUUAAUCCAUCUAAUAAUACGGCAAAUAAUGACAUUCCAAGUCUGGCUGAAGAUAUUGAGGAUACUGAAACCCUGGACUACGAAUACGGUCUUCAGGAUGAAGAACACGACAAAAGCAGUGAAAGUGAAGUGGAAAAUGAAAGCGUAGUUGAACACGUAAAUGUGUCUAAAAGUCCUAGAAUAAAUAACUCCUUGGAACCCUCAUUUCCAAUGUAUACGGUUAGUAAAUCAAACACGAACAAUUUUAUCAGUAAUAUAAACGGUAACGAUGACCAAUACAUCCCCGAGGACGACUUUAUCUUGAACGGUACAAACUCUAAUGGCAAUGAAAACUAUACUCCAUGCUCAUCGUUGAUAGAUAGUGAAAGUGACGAUUGUGAAUCUCUGGUGGUGUCUGAAGCUUCAACAUCAUCAAACUAUGUGGCUAAAAAUCCGGUCCCGCUAAAUGGCCUCAAUAAACCCGAAUCCACACAAAUAAACAAUAAUAUUGUGAAUUUUAAGUUUAAUGUUAGCAGUUUAAUGGCACUUCGAAAAAAUACACCACAAAAUGAAGAAGAAGAAGAAGAAAAUGACACUGUAUGUGAAAGUACCAUUAACAGCCCUGUGUCUGAUAGUGUAUACGAUAAGAAAAAGUGGACACAAUUUUUUGACCUCUCCUCAGUUAUGCCAAGAAUCACAUCUGAUGAUUUCAUUUUCAAUGCAGUUAAACCGUUUCACGAAUUCCAAAUAAAUGAUGAAUUAAAUGAUUCACCUGUGGAUUCACCGAAUGAGUCUAUCUUUAAAAUACCUCUAAAACGGCCCCCCACUAGGCCAGUUAAAACGGCAAGCAUACAACCUCAACUUGUGUCUCCCCCCGUGUUGCAAAGUGAUGAAGUAAUAGAAAUCGAUGACACAAUUUCACUGGCCUGUUCUUCCCUUGUUGAUGACGAAGAUUUUGAGGUUAAGGAAGAACCUCUCAGUAGAUCUGAUGAGUCCUCACCCAGUGCAUCAUCAGUGCCAAAUGCUGAACAAACCCUGGAAAAACCCGCAAACAAAAAAAUCUCGUUCGGUGAAAUUCCUCCGUUGUUCCGAAACAUCUGCUAUUAUUUUUUUCUGUACAGUAACUGCAAAAAGAAAUUUUGCGCCUUACCGCACAACAUGAACAACGGCAAAUUCAUUAACAAUAUCAAGCGGGCUUCCAAUGAGGAUUUGGUGAAGGCAUUCAAGUGGGCGCGGGAGCACCGUUUUUUUUACCAGCACAUUUUCAAGAUUAUGGCGGGUGCGUUUAUGUGGAGAAAAAUGUACAGUAUGGUCGGAGAUAUGUUGCUGGAUGUGCCUGAGUUUGCUAAAACAAUCGAUAAAGAGACCGCUGUUGAUUUUGUUCUUACACAGCUGCAACAAUCAAAAAAUUUUAAAGAAAACUUGUUUUGCAUCAUAAACAAGAUUAAUUUUGCGCAUCAUGAAGCACUCAGAAACUUGAUGAUUAACGCUAUAAGUAAGCACGAUAAUUUGGACGAGCUGUGUGAUAUUUUGCCAAAGCUGAUUGCCGGCAAAACCACGGAAAUAGAAAAUAGAGUGGUUAUAAGACUGAUGGAUAAAAGUUUAAAUACUACGCAGGCCAACAACAAGAGACUUUGCAACUUUCUGGGAGACUUGAUUCAGAAAAAAUGCAUUGAUUUCGGUAAAAUACCGAAAAAUUUGUCUCACCCUUUCGGUUUGUACAUGCGGUGUUCCACCAAUGGGGUGGAUAUCUUGCCAGGCCACAUAUUCGAAGAUAAGGACAACAACGCCGAGGAAAGCGGCAGUUUGUGCUCGUACAGAACCGAAGACAAUUUGUAUUAUCCGUCCACUACGGAUAACACGGAAAACCUGGACCGUCUUAGCGACGUGGACCUGGAUAAUUUGGAAAGCGUCAGCCAGGUCGGGUACGUGGAACCGUUCCACGUUCCGCAAGAAACGCAGGGCAGCAACGAUUUCGAGAGGACGGAAAUGUUCGUGGAGGAGUUGAGGAGGAAGCUGAUUGGCGAACAACCCCCACCGCAAUUGCCGCCUCCGCCACAGCCACCACAAACUCUUUUUUUCCCUUUUUCGUCCGUAUCACCAAAUGUUCCGCAUACACCUUCGCCAUUGAAUUAUCAGCAGCCUUCACCUUUGAAUUAUCAGCAGCCUUCACCGUCAAAUAAUCAGCAGCCAUCAGCGAAUAUUGAACCAGCUCCAGUGCCAUCCCCCGAGCCCAUGCCGAUCCCGAAAUUCGGUCAUCUCGUGCUGGAAGCGAACUUUAAGUUGAACGUGUCGUUGCACAAUUCGCUUCCGCUUUCUCCCGCGAAGGGUUGCGUCGAUCUGCACGACGCCGACAUAAUGCAGCUGGACAGAUCCAUAAAGCACCACGACGGUUUAAAUUUCUUGCGGGUUUUCGACGCCUACAAAACCUCCUACACCCAGCAGAAUUUCGUCACGCAGACCAUCGCAGCCUUGAAAUCGUCGGGGGAAAGGUCUUUUCACUAUUUCUCCAAACUGUUGGAAUCGAUACGAUCGAUAAACCCCUCGUGGAUGACGGAUAAGUUGCUGAAAGCGAUCCUGGAAGUGGUCGCCAUGAACAUAAUAGUCGCUUUGGAGCAAAAGCAAUGCUUGAAAGAAUGCGUGACGUUACUCCUGCAAUUCUACGACUGGGACGCUUUAAUUACCUGCAAAAUAUUCACUCAGCACUUCAAUUACACGAUUAUGGGUCGAUACCUGUUCCUAGCCAAGCUGUUCAGUAAAGCAAACCGAUUUGACUUUACCUUCGAAAUCCUGCAAUCGCCCAAAUUGAAGAUACUCGAAUAUCAACACGACUGGCCCUUUCAAAACUGCCACCACGAUCUGAACACGAAAAAUAUCUUGCUGAAAGAUUUUUUUAAAUACGGAUACAAAUAUAACGCGAUCUCCACCGUCGAGUUGUACAAGCGUAUCUUCCAAGGGGCACCUGUUGAAGAUGAAAUUUUGAGCAAUUUUAAUCCCAUGAUGAAAAAUAUCCUGGACAACAAAGUUGUGCCCGUCCUCAAGCAAAUAAUGGAGGACAUCAACAUUUUUGAACCCCACAUGGAGAAGAACAUCCUUAAAGCGUUUUUCCUGAUUGUCAUCGAAAAACGCAUUACGAAAUCGAAAGAAACGCACAAUUUAUACCUGAAGUGCGUGAAGAAAGGCAUUUAUCCCUCUUAUUGCGGCCAAGAAGCUGUAGUCAUCAUAAAAACCAACUACACGGAAGAAGAAAUACGGUUAACCUUCGAAUAUUACUUCAACAAAAUCGUUCAGUUUCCAGCAAAAGAUGUCGCCGUUCAAAUUAGUGUUCCGAACGAGACGAAUUACAAUGAGAUUCCGAACGUUUUAAACGAAAAGUUUCGCAGCUUCAAUGAAAUUUAUUCUAACAUACGGGAAAUUUUAUGUGACGACUACUUCAUCAACAUACCGUUAAUAGCGAAUACUCAUAUUGCUAUUAAAAGUUCCACAAUAUCAACAGUUAUUGAUGGGUUGGUGCAGUCAUAUGGGUUAGCCAAAUCUUAGAAUAAAGGCUGUGAAUUUAAAAACAUGUUUAUUGAACUCGGGCCAAAAGUUAAAAGUUGUACUCUUAAUGGUAGUUAAAUUAACAGUUUUUUUAUAAAUUCAGUAAGUUUUACCUAAAAGGUUUAUUUUUAGGUAUACCUAAUUAUUGGGUUAAAAAAAUGUAAAUCUUUUUAUUUGAUUAUUUUGAAGGAUUAACAACAUAUUCUAAUAGAAUUUUAGUAUUUUUAAUAAGGCGAUAUAGAUAAACAAAUCAUAUUGUCCAGUCCUUCCACAAAAAAAAUAUACAUGAACUCUAUUUACAAAAUUUUUAACUGCAGGUCCUUGUAAUUAAUACCUACUUACUUAAAUAUAUUAUGUUCGUUAAUUUUGUUUUAAGAUGGUUUAUAAAGACUUUUAAUUAGAUUUAAGCCUGCAUAUUAAAUUAGUCUAAAAAAUGUAAAUAAAUUUUAUUUUUUUAUACUUAACAUGUCAGUUUUAUAUCUGUUUUAGGCUUUAAAAGAUAUGACUCCUAGUGACCAAGUUCAAUCUGAACUCGGAGAACGGAAACCGGUUAUAAACAAAUAAAAAAGUUUUCUUGAAAUUUAUAGAAUAAUACCUUAAUUUCUUUACCAAAUAAAUGUUUUAAAUUUA